CGUGUUUGGAUGCUCUGAGGCCUUCGGAUCUCGCACCGCGCUGCUAUCAUGGCUGCUCCUUUGCUCGUUGCCGCCACUAUCCUGGCAAUCGGUGAGUCGGGCAAAGGCGAAGAUCUGUCUCACCUGUCGCAGCACCAGAUCUGUGGCUUGUUCUCCCUUGAUCAGUGCUGGUCUCAGAGGCGUCGAUCAAGUACCACCACCGCCAUCAUGGCGGCAAGCAUCAUGGCUACGGAAGCAAGACCAUUACGCAGGGGUGCCCUCGGCUUUGCGACUGUGAGACGGACUGUCCUAGCAAUGGCGGUGGGCGGCAGCUCAAGGGCAAGAAGCAUCAUCACAAGAGCCACCACAAGAGCCACCACAAGAGCCACCACAAGGCCGUCAACUACGGCAAGUGUCCCACUGAGUGCAUCUGCGAGUUGGAGUGCAAGGACGGCGGCGGGAUUGUCAAAUGCAAAGAGACCGCUGACUGCCCCAAAGGCCUCGUGUGUGUGGAUGGAAAAUGUUCGUGAGAGGGGGGGAAGGACACAAAGAGACCAACCACACUGAUCCAUUCACCGCUCACAAACACACACACACGUGUCUCUGUCUGAUGUGUCUGUUGUGGAUGCGCCUCUGGGUGUGGUUUGCUUCUGUAUGUGCAGGUGUGGCUGAAGGCGGCCCGACCGACUGUGUGGCUUUGGGCGGGGAGUGCUUCAGCCAGUCCGAGUGCUGCUCCGAGACAUGCAACCUCUUCACAGUCCCUGUCCUGAUGGGCACGUGCGCCUCGCCCAACUGCUGCGUCGACCCCCCGGAUCCGUGUGUUAUCGUGCCCGAUGGCAACAACGUCCCUUGCUGCGCCACGGGUGUUGAGCCGUCUGUCAAGUGCGAUGUGCGCCCCUGUAACGGCAACGUCGGCUGCUCUGACGGCGGGUUUUGCAUCGAUGGCUUCUGCAACCCAGCUCUCAAGGAUUGCUGCGGGUUUCCUGGGUUGCCGAUAUGCCCUGGCAAGGAUUGCGGCUCGGAUGGUGCCCUCCCCUGUCUGGACUGCUGCACCAGCGAGGCGGCCCUGGUGGAUGGCCUGCCUGUGUGCCCUGGGCCGUGCGGCAUUGUGGACUCCGACGAACCUGGUGUGGCGGAGUGCUGCUUCUCGGACAUUGACUGCGCGGGAGAAGCCAUUGCGCCCCGGUUUUGCAACGCCGAGAACCAGUGUAAGAGGAUGAUUGUGACUUGUGUACUCGUGUGGCUGGUAUGCAUGUCUCAUCUGGCUCCGGUGUGAUCAGGUGAGGUCUCGCCAGGACCCGAACCAGAACCCGAACCAACACCCUGAGCUGUGGUUGGUGUAAUUAAUUGCGAGGCUCUCUGAACUUGACGCUCAUACGUGAAUUUCUUCGUUAAAUGAAUGAGCGGUGUGUGGUCUUCUGGUUAGUGUCGUUGCGGCACGUAGGUGUAGACGCAUGUCAGCCGGUCAAGGCAGACAGACAGACAGACAGGGAGACAGACAGGGAGACAUGCAGAGAAAUGUGGCGUCGUGUGCCUAAUUAGCGGUGUGUGUAUGUGUGUGUGUGUGUGUGUGAGGGUGGGAAGAUUGGUAGACAGGCCGGAAUUGCUGGAUGAAUGAUGAGGCGCGGGUGAAUGAGCCACCUGUGUUUGCGGUGCACGGUGCUUCUGACUACCCACGCCUAUUAUUA